AUGGCAAAUAAUAGAACUAGCAAUCAAAUCAACUGUGUUUCACUUUGCAACACGAAUAACUCCCAACAACAGAGACAUCGAACAACUCCAUCUCAAGCACAAUUUCUCGAAAAUUAUUUCACAACCGUCGAUGAUUUUCCUGAUUCAAAUAUGAGAGAAAAAAUUGCUCUUAAAAUUAAUAUGCCUUCCAAAAGUGUUCAUAUUUGGUUUCAAAAUCGCCGUGCAAAACGUAAGCAAGAAGACAGAACUCGUCAAGAACAAGAGACAAUUCGUUCUGCGCGUUCAUCGUCUUCCUCUGCUUCAACAUCGUCUCUCAAUCGUACCAUUUCUUCGCAACAACAGUCACGUGCAUCAGAACUAAUGAUUACUUCCCGUUAUUUGAUUUACGCUAAUACUCACGGAAAUCACAAUCGUGGUUCCAUCAAUUCUUCGCGACAGCCAUUGGCUCACAUGAAUCGUCAGAUUACAUUACAACAAAAUUGUUAUAAACUUGCACCAUUAAGAAAUGUAACUCCAAGAGAUGAAAUAAUUAACUCUCAAGGCGAAAACAUUGUUCUUCCAUCUUUACAUCGCAUCAUCUCUCAAAUUGUUUCUACAUCCUUUGGCGAUAAAAAUACACCGUUUUCAUCGUCGUCCCACGAACAACAAUCAAUUUCAUCUACAUCAUUUUGUCCUCCUUUUAAGUCCUCUCUUCCUUUACACCCCACUCAAUUCUCCGUUUUACAUCACGCUAUUCUGAAUGCGUCUUGUUCAAAUACUGCUCUACCUGGUCACAUGAUGGUUGAUUCUUCCAAUGAAAAGAACUCUCACAGAAUUAAUACCGUAGAAAAAGCAGGGGAAGAUGAAACUAAUGAUGGCGUUGUUAGUAUGAGGAUCGAUCGGUUGUUGAUCUAA